AUGUUCAUUGCCCGCUCUGAAUAUGACCGUGGAAUCAACACCUUCUCCCCUGAAGGUCGUCUAUUCCAAGUCGAAUACUCCCUCGAAGCUAUCAAGCUAGGUUCAACAGCGAUCGGUGUCGCAACAUCGGAAGGUGUCAUCCUUGGUGUCGAGAAGCGAGUCACAUCCACCCUGCUCGAAGCAUCAUCCGUCGAGAAGAUCGUCGAGAUUGACCAGCACAUCGGCUGUGCUAUGUCCGGCCUGCAGGCUGAUGCCCGCAACCUUGUUGAGCACGCCCGUGUCGAAUGUCAGAACCACGCUUUCCACUACGCCGAGCCACUACGCGUCGAGAGUACCACACAAGCCAUUUGCGACUUGGCCCUUCGAUUCGGAGAGAGCGGUGAUGACGAGGAGAGUGUAAUGUCCAGACCCUUUGGUGUCGCAUUGUUAAUUGCUGGUUAUGAUGAGGAUGGCCCUCAGCUAUAUCACGCUGAGCCCUCGGGCACAUUCUAUCGGUACGAUGCGAAGGCUAUCGGUUCUGGAAGCGAGGGUGCGCAGGCGGAACUGCAGAAUGAAUACCACCGUUCUUUGACUCUCGCCGAGGCCGAGACGCUGGUUCUGAAGACACUGAAGCAGGUGAUGGAAGAGAAGCUGGAUGCCAAGAAUGUGCAGCUGGCCAGCGUUACUAAGGAGAAGGGAUUCCGCAUCUACAAUGAUGAGGAGAUGGGCCGGGCUGUGGCACAGCUGGGUGGAAACCAAUAG